UGCUGAAAAUUCCAUACUUGUACCAAAAAUGCGGUGUGGAAUCAAGCUGUAAAUCAAAAAAAAAAAAAAUGAGGCAAACGAACCCCCGAAAUGGCUAAGAUAUUAAAAUCACUAGUUGAGAGUAAUCUGAUUCCUAAGUGUACGCUCGAUGAAUUGAAACCCUCGGGUACGAAUAAACCAAGACUAUAUGGUUCAAAGUAAGUCCACGAGCCCUCGGAGUACCACUAGGUCCCAUCCUACAUAAAUGUGUCAAUCUCCCUAUCAUUCUACAGCAAAGUGGUUGGUAAAGGCAUUGGAACCCCUACAUCGUGAACUGGUGAAUUUCAGUUUAAAAGACGUAUUUAGCUUUGUAGAAACUGCCAAAAGCCUGAAUGUAAAGGGAAAGAAAAUGAUGUCACUGGAUGUAGCAUCAUUAUUUACCAACAACGUUGCACUGCUCGAAAAAGUCAACUACUUGUGUGAACAACUGACAGAACGAAAGAUAGAUGUAGGGAUCCCAUCGGUAAAAGUCGAGGAAUUACUAUUGAAAUGUACUAUGAAUGUCCAGUUUAUGUUCAACAAUGAUUUUUAUAGAUGAGUUCAUGGUGUUGCCAUUGGUUCACUUCUGAGCCCUAUGCUAGUGGAUAUUUUCCCUACAAAGCUUGAAAAUGGUCCACUCAAAGACAGGAUUGAGG